CUUGGUGAGCAGUUGCCAGUCGUACCGGCCGGACUUUAUUGCUCCUUGUGCUCCUGCUCACUCGCCAUGGCCUCCUCAACGUCGACAAAUGUGCCGCUUGCACACCAGAUAUCGACCUUUGUGGCUCACCACCAGCGAACGAUCCUUCUUACCUCCGCCGCGGUUCUCGCUGCAGGUGGAGUUGGCUAUUACCUGUAUACCAUAUCUGCAACACAGGCAAAGAUUAAAAAGAUCAAGGAUGAGGCCAAGGCGCAGAGUGGGGACAAGGAAGAGGAGUGGGAGGACGUGCAUGAGCAGGGACCUGCUACCUCUGGCGCUAAAAAGCACAAGAAGAAGAAGAACAAGAAGAAGCCGACUGGAGAAACUGCAGCGGCGGAGAAGCCUAAAGAGACUGUGCAGGUCGAGGAUGAAGAUGCACUGAGUCCGCGACUGACCGAGGAGCAAAUCAAGGCUAUGUCAACAGAGGAACGAUCCACAAUGGCGGGUUCGUUGAAGCAGAGAGGUAAUGCUGCAUAUCAAGGGCGAAACUUUACCCUUGCUGUCGAGCUGUACACUCGAGCAAUCGCCGUAUCACCGACGCCCGAAGCUGUUUUCUACUCCAACCGAGCUGCAUGUUAUGUAAACUACUCGCCACCUCAACAUGAAAAGGUUAUCGAUGAUUGCAACGAAGCGCUGAAGUUGGAUAAGAACUAUGUCAAGGCCCUGAACAGGAGAGCUGGCGCUCAUGAGGCCCUUGGCCAUGACCUAGACGCACUGCACGACUUCACUGCUGCCACCAUUCUCGAUCGUUUCAAGAACGAGACGUCGGCACAGGCGAUGGAACGUGUGUUGAAGAAGGUGGCGAACAAGCGAAUGUUGGAGAUCCUUUCUUCACGCGAACCGCGCCUACCGUCUAUGACCUUCAUUUCCUCUUACCUUGCCGCUUUCCGUCCUCAUCCCAAGCCCGCACUUCCAGAAAAUCCCUCCCAGGGUGACAAAACUCUUGACUUGGCAUUCGACGCGCUCGAAGCUGCCGACUACCAGCACGCGUUUACCUUAGCUAGUGAGGCCAUUGAGCAGGUGCCUUCGACAGCCCACGCUAAGGCUGAAGCGUUGAACCUCAGGGGAACGUUUAAGUUCAUUCUGGGCGAGGCGAGUGGUGCCCGUGCCGAUAUGCUCGCCUCCAUCGAAGCGGACCCGACGCUCACCCAGACCUGGGUCAAGAUCGCUAGCGUCCACAUGGAGCUGAACGACUCCGAUGCUGCCUUCGCCGCGUUCGAAAAAGCGCUCGAAUACAACAAGGAUGACCCGGAUAUCUACUACCAUCGUGGUCAAGUGCACUUUAUCAUGGGCAACUAUGACGCGGCGUCCGAAGACUAUGAAAAAUCUGUAGCGCUUGACCCCAACUUUGUCUUCACGCACAUCCAGCUAGCAGUCGCCAAAUACAAGCAAGGUAAUAUCCCGCAGAGUAUGGCCAAGUUCAGGGCGGCAAUGCGCCAGUUCCCGCAGAACAGCGAGCCGCAGAACUACUACGGUGAGCUGCUGCUUGAUCAGCAACGAUUCCAGGACGCGGUGGAGAAGUUCGAUCGGGCCAUUGAGCUCGAACGCCAGAAGCCUCGCCAACGAAUGAAUGUACUGCCCCUCGUCAACAAAGCACUUACAAUCUACCAAUGGAAGCAAGAUACUUCUGCUCCUGAAGCGCUCUGCCGUGAGGCUCUGGAGAUUGACCCCGAGUGUGACGCUGCCGUUGGAACGCUCGCACAGUUCAGCUUGCAGACGGGCAAAUUGGACAACGCUAUUGAGAUGUUUAAAAAAGGAGCCGAGAUUGCACGGACGGCUCCGGACCUGGAGAAUGCUCUCACUUACCAAUAUGCCACCCAAGCACAGAUGCAGUUCGUGAGGGAAUACCCGGAGAUGGCCAGCCAGCUCGGCCAGAUGGCUAGGUCUUUAGCUGGCUAAAAUAAAUCAGAGCAUGUAUGCGGAGCAAUCGAUACAACAUUUUUGAAUAGUGUAUAGGGCAACGUGACACAAGAUUGACUAGUAUUUACGCGGUUUUUCAUGCACUGUGUCUAUAGUUCUAAUA